AUGAAAUCUAAAGGUAAAUCAAAUAAGUGCAAGCAAUUAUAAUCUGACAUCUACACUAAGAAAGAUAUACUUUAAAGAAUCAAGGUAACUGAAGACAUUACUGAAAUACUUGAAUAUACUACUAACGAAGAUAACGAUAUUAGACUCGCUGCAACAUCUUAAUUGUGUCCCUGUAAAGUUUAGGAAGAUGUUCCUGAAUUUUGGGAUAGAGUUUUCCAAUUAGUAGAUGACCCAUAACCAAAAAUAAGAGCAAGAGUUCUGCAUAUUAUUUGUGAUGGCUCACCCAACAGACUUUAAAAUGAAGUGAUGGAUGCCCUAUAUAAAUUUAACAGAGAUUCUGAUCAGGAAAUAAGAAGACAAGCACAUAAAGUACUUGCUAAAGCAUAAAAGGGUACUUGGAAUGUGUUGUGA